UUACAGGGAGAAAAAUCAGCAUGGUUUACAGUUAUUGCCUCUAAUUUGUUACCAGUACAGAUUACGAGCACCGAUAAAGCAGAUGACCUUUACCAGAAGCAUGCUGGGAAAACAUUACUUGGUGUUCCUAUUGGAGGAGAACAACGAAUGAACGAGUUUCCAUCCCUUGUACCACAGGAUAUUCAUUUGGAAGGUAUUGGUUCCUCCGAAGCAGUUGCAGAUAUAAUGCUUUCUACUGCAGGUUGGGUUGCUGUUACUGCUCACUUGGAACAACAGCUGCAUCUACGUUGUUAUACACCAAAAGGGACGUUAUUAACAAUUCGGAAACCUCCCCUCUUACCAUUUGUUGUUAAUAUAAAAGGCGAGCGAUUGAAGAAGAGUCCAGCCUAUGCAACUAAAAUGCUUCUUCCUCUUGUAAAAAAUAUGAAAUCGCAUAAAUGAUUUUCAAGGAUAUAAAUUGUAAAGUAGUUUUUAGAUUAAAGAAAAAACAUUUAAGAGAAAA